CCCUUCCUUGGGCUUCAGUGGUAAUUACAACAUCAGUGACCUCUGGUGCUGGACAAUAUUCUGUACUGCUCUCACUCCUCUUCUCAUGGUAAAUUUAGCGUAUGUUGAUCGGGCUGGCAAGAGAUCUUCGAGGGAUUGCCUUUGCACUAAACACAAAGACCAGCUACACCAUGCUGUUUGACUGGAUGGACAGCUGUGUGCUUCUGAGCAGUGGCUUUCACCUCGGCUGGGUCCAGUUUCAUCCAGGUCACGACGUUUAAAUUUUGAUGGAUCAUCUCCAAAUGGAAUUCUUCUCUUCAGAGGAGCUAUUGAAAUGAUUUGUACAUACAAUAGGUAUUCAUUAAAAUUUCCUCUGCAGUGUCAUUCUUCGCCUGUCUCGUGCUACAGAAAUCCUGUUAGUUCCUAUCCCUGGCCACUGCUGAGUUUUACAAAACAAAGCAGGACUGCCAUGUACUACCACCCAUCUCAGCCCUUUGUGGGCUGCAGAGCUUACUGCAGACCUUUGGAGCUCCUUUCUUUCACAGAUGGGGAUGCGUUCAUGUAGCACUGUUGCUUGUAUCACUCCAACAACUCUUUUAGCAGCUGUAAAUGGAUUUCAGCAAAGAUACGAAUACUCGUGAGGUGUUUGAUCUCGGCUACUGAUUGAUAGGUGUGGGUUGAUUUUAUAUAUUCAAAUUAUAUUCCAGCAGCUCCAAGACAUAAUAGGACCAUAACAGCUUCACCCUAGAGCACUGUUACAACUGUUCAUAAUAAGUUGCUUCAUUUUACUGUUCCCACUCAGGUAUUCAGUUGCAACAGGUCUGUGACACCGACUGUUCAUAAUAGACUCCAGCUAACUUUGUAGCUUAAAAUUUCACUUCCUAAAUAUUUUGAAAGGAACAUUACCAAUAGUUUUGCAGAUUUGUGAUUUGUGUACGAGGAAAUAGCCAUAAAUGUCCUGCUACUUUUCAAGAGAGAAAACUGGUACAUCAAAUAUGCUUUCAAUGCAUUCGGGCUGCAUUUUAGGUCUGGAAAUUGUGUUUGUUACGUGGCUGCUUGUAAAAAAAACCCUUUGGGUGUAAUCUGCUUUUGAACUGCAGGGUAUGGGAACGGUAUAUGCAGAAUGCAUUUAUGUAGGACAGAAGAAAAUUAUCCUUCUAACUCUCACUCCUUGCCAAAACAUUUCUCUGUUUUCUUUUUCAAAGACACCACAUUCUAAGCUGGCACAAACCUUUUAGCUAUAUCCUGAGGUGCAUUUGUGACACUGAUUAAAACAAAAAAAAAGGUUUUCCUUGUAUGGGAAGAAAGAGGUAAACUUUCCGACUUUACUAUAAAGUUUCUAUUAGCUUUAUACAUAGUUCGCAUUUAAUGACUGGAAAAUUUCUUUUGAUGAUAUAAAGAAAUGCAAAUGUAAUCUUGAGCUUCAAGCUCGCUUGUCCUGCAGUACUGGACCCCACUGCCAUUACAUUUCCUUUUAAUUGCAAUCAGCCUUUACCAUCAUUUCUGCUCUUAUUGAAACGAUACCUACUGAUUGUUAUCUUAGCAGUGGGCCUCCAGUCUGUGAUCCUUGCUUUGUCAGCCACACAGCCCCAGUCUUCUUCAUUCUUAACUCAGGUCUACAAAAUGUUCUAUUAAGAAACCUUCUGCUUUCAAAUGCAAAACGUGUGUUUGUGGGUAUGUGUGUGUGAAAUUCAUGAAGUUCUCAGUGAAGGAUUGUUAGUUCUUGUGCACAGGGACCAGACAGCAUCUUUUGGCUCAUGCUAGGAUUUAAUUAGACAUUGUAUAAGGAAAUUUCAGGACAGUGCAGAUUUAAGAUGUAAAUGAAGCAGUGGAGCCACAGCAUGUGCUGAAGGCUGUGUCCAAACACCUGUUGCUCCCUUAGUUAAAUGUUGGUUCUUGUGAACAGUCGUGAGGGAUGUGUGGGCAUCAGUUUGUGUGUUGUAGGAAGAGCUGAAGUGAUGAUGUAAGGGCUUUAUUCUACAAUUUCCUUCCUUGUCCUCCAUAACUGUUUUGCAAUGGAAAAAUGUUGUUUUACUCAGUGCAGAUUGCAGUAGCAAAAGGAGGAGUGCUCUUCAUUUCCUUCAAAAUAAAAAUCUUAAGCCACCUGUCAACUAAACUUGGAGGAAAGAUAUGGAGAUGGGAGAAGAGCCUGUACUCAAUGUUUGUGUGCAUGUAAUUGUAUAAUAUUUUUUUGUGUGUUUUGCUUUUAAAACGCAUUCAUAUUCUCAUCAGAGUCAGGGUCACAGCAGUAUCUUUCCAAUACUUAUACUUAGAGAAAUUGUUCACGUUUUCUCUUCUUUGAGUGAUGUCAACACUGAUUCCAGGAUUAGACUCCCUGCAAAAUGAACAUGAAAGAGCCCCCAGCGCAGUCAGCUGAAGCAGCCUCUGAAAGCAGUGAUUUCCAAUAAUCCAGCUGGCUCUGUGCUGGCACAGAUGGGCAGCACUGGCCUGCCGGCCGCCUCGGCUCAGCUGUGGGCCCUGCAAUAAGCGUCCUGCAUUAGCGAUAUUUCAAACUGCUGCAGUUCUUUCCUGAAGUGGUCAUUGGUUUUACACUCUGGGAGGUUUUUACUGCCCGCUGUAUUUCAAGAUAUACUGUAAUUAAUCACCUUGGAACGAUUGCUGUUAACAUUUUUAGCAUUUAUCACCAGUUAGCAGUUGAUGAGAUUUCUGUUCCAGUGGAAAGAACGGACGCAACUCUUUUGGAAAUGUGUGGUAAGGGUUCAUCAGUGUGGUUAGGUCCCUAUAAAAAUAACGAUACCGAGUGCGUUUUUGUUAAUUUGAAAUGUCUUUCUGAAUACCUUAAAAUCCAUGCUGUUUUUAAGGAAAACUUUAGUCUUUAAUCCUGCAUGGCUUUUUUGGAAUCGAUACUUCUCCUUUAAACAUAUGUGGUCUUUGGAGACAUGCUGGGAAAGAUGACCAUGCAAACCCAGUGACGAUGGUGAAGUUCAGCAGUGUUCUUGAGCAGUACUUGCAAUCUCGUUCUGAACAGCGCUGUGAGUCUGCUGUGUCAUGAGUGUGAGAAACUUAACAUUUUGAACGUGAUGGUUGAGAUUCUCACCUUCAGCAUGAUUUUAUGGCUAAAGCAUUAGGGAACAAAUAGAAGACGGACUGCGGAUUUCAAGAAAUAACAUUUGCAAGCAUUUGCUCUUUAUCUUAUCGAGUCAGCCAGCCGCUGUAUGUGCCUGCAGUUUACAGGGAGCUCCUCAAAUUUGAUCAAAAAGACUUUUGAAACUCGGGGUGGAUUUCAUUAUAAUCCUAAUUGUAAUAAUUGCCUUUUUAAACUAAGAGAAGCACAGAGUGAUGAGAUGAGACAGAGAGGGCAAAACAGAAGUAAACAUUUCUUUCCUCAUGGUGUCCUUGUGAGCAUGUCCUUCCUUUCUUUCAGUCUCGCUCUCAGUUCAUCCACUGAUGCACUGGGUUCCCAUACAGUGUGCCCAGGCUCCUGUCGUCCUUGAGAAGUUUCUCCUGUCACCUGAAGGCCCAGCUGUGCCUGUCUUGGCAAUCCCAGCCUGAACACCAGGCUCGCUACCCCUCACCUCUCCUGCUUGCUCUGCCCUGGAUGCUGAGCUCCUCUCACAGAAUCAGAGCAGUUUUGGAGAACGCACAGAUCCUUUACAAAGACAGCUUGUUUUAUGUGAUGGGAAUCAAAUUUACAUAUGCCUUUGUUCUUUGUAAAUGCUGGGCUGUUGUUUCGAUGGGAAUAACUUUUCUAACCAAACAGCUGGUAAAAUCGUGCGUCACUUUCUGUUCAUCUAAAAUUCUUGCAAAGCUUGUUAAUGUCCAUUUAUGUACAGCUGGCACCUCCAUUUACUGUGUAUGUUCUGUAAGAUCUGUGCCAGGCUGAAAUAAAGGUGGGGAAAAAGUUGGUGCUGUGGUGUUAGGGUGUGCAUGAAUGGAUAUGAGAUGCUGAAAUCUUCUUACAUCUCUUGACUAACACAUAACGUGUUUUUCUCUUAGACUUGUGUGCACUCAUUUCACAUAUUUGAGUGAAAAGCAGGAAAAAAGUCCCCAGCAACUGUUUUCAAAAUACUUUCAGCGUUGGCAGUUGUUGCUGAGCAAAAUCUAAAAUGUGAAGUCUUUGUGCUUUUGAAAAUUAGUGCUUUAGCAAGUGCAUGGCUUUGCUUAGCAGGUCUGGCUUUGUGACUAGGGCUGCUGAUUUAUCCAGUAAUGACAUCGUGCUGAGGGCAGUUCUGACUAAGAGGUCUUUACAAAUGCUGUGCGUUCCAAAGAUGUAAACCCUGGCAUACGAUGCGAAAGGCACUUAGACGGUCAAUUAUCCUUGUUAGGAUCUUGUCCAUUAUGGCUUGAGACUGAGUGAUACAGUGAUGUAAAAUAAACAGCUAAGAAAAUUGAAAGGAGAUUGAAUACUAUGGUCCACCUUUCUUCAUUGCCAGUAUAUCUCACUUUUAAUUCUGAAUGUGCAAGUCUCCUCACUGUGUUCUUGAACUCCCAAUUGUAUAGGAUUUAUGUUUCAGCACGUCCUGGAACCAUCUAUUUUUGUUUUGUGGCUGCUUUACAUUUUAGUAAACCUCCUCCCUUUCAUUACAGAAGACCGACAUAAAAAUAAUACUUUCAAUAUGCUGUUUUUAUUUAUCUACAUUCUGUCAUGAUAUACUUUGAUGUAAGUUUUUAAUUUUGCUUCAGCUUUCAGCUGUUGUAGCAGUUACUGCUCAGGGUCAGCGAUGAGGUUAGCCACAGUAGCACAAAACAAUUUCCUGUUCUCACAGCCCAGGUAGCAUUUGGAUGUGGAUUAAAUUUUACCACAUUUUCCAGUAGCCAGACACAAUUAUUUCUAAUGAGCUUUAAAUUGCUUCUAGAGCACGUAUUUCCAAACUUAGUGUGGUGAUCCAUUCAGUGCUAGCGACUUCAUAAGACAGCACUUCUUCUUCCGAGCUGUGGUUAAGCAGGUAUUUCUAAUCAGUGGAUUUGCUUACAAGUGGCUUGCUCACUGUUCUCAAUUGCUGUUCAUCUGUUGUCCUCUCUCCUGCAAUGCUGCUUCCAUAAUAUAUUGUUCUUCAUUACUGACUCGGAUUUCAUCAUCGUUUUCUUUUGGCAAAUUUAUCUUGGCAUUAUUCACGCUGCUUGUGCUGUUUUGAGAGGUUUUAAUGCACGUUUUGUUGUUCUGGAGGCUUUAAAAAUUAGUUUUUGAAGUUCUGCUCUCAUCUUUACGAUUCAUGUUUUCCUUUUGUUUUCCAUAUAUGGCCACUUUGCUAUCCUGCCCUGGCAUUCUGAACACGUGGAAGGCAUACGUUCAAAACUCAUCUUUAUGGGGCAGUAAUGAAUAAUAAGAAAUAUGAAAGUGGAAAAGACAAGGAACAUUAUUUUUCCCUCUAUAAAUAUGCAAUAUCAAAAGCUAAGUCAGUCUUAUUACCCACUUUUGGAAUGUCUGACCCAAGAUCAUAUGGAUUUCAUUACCAGCUUAGAGCCUCAUGUCCUGAUCUGUAUCCUCACCUCAGUGUCUGGAGGACUUACUGCUCGAGAAGUUUUACUUAAGUACUGCGUGAUUUUCCCACACUCCACAGUGCCACGUCCAGCUGGACUCUCUUUGAUGAUGUCAAUCCUAAUGAACACCAUCAGUUUGGAAGACUGCAGGAACCAACGGUCUGUGUCAGGACCGCUGCUUGGACUUAUAGCUCUAGAUGAGAAGUACUUCAGUGAGCUGAGGGCAACUUUGAUAAACAGCCAGCCUGGCAGCACACAGCAAGUCCUUGAGCAGUGCUUCAGGAACCUCAUGAAAGGAGUUGAGCAGAAGGUUUCAGUGAAGAACAGAGGCUGGUUCACCCAGAACGUGUCAGUGUUCUGAAGGGACGUGGCUGAGGUGCUGCACAGUGAAGGGGCGGCUGAUGCGGGCAGCUUGGGAAUGAAGAGCUGACAAGGACUGGGGAAAGCAGAGCUGGCUAAUAAAUCUGUUCUGAAAGC